AUGUCUUUUUCCUCAAAUUCUCGGACCUAUGGUCAAAAUGAAACACUUAUCUCGUCUAUUCGUAAUAUUUUAAAAGAUUAUUCUCAUGAAAGCAUAUUUAAAGAAUUUCUUCAAAAUGCUGAUGAUGCCGGGGCUACACGUUUUCGUGUAAUAAUUGAUAGCCGUUCACACCCUACAAACUCUUUACUCAGCGAUAAAAUGGAGGCUUGGCAAGGACCUGCCAUUUUGAUUUUCAAUAACGCACAAUUCAAAGAACAAGAUUUUGAUUCUCUCAUGCAAAUACGCGUUGGUGGAAAACACCGUGAUUAUACAAAGAUUGGAAAACAUGGAUUGGGAUUCAAUUCAUGCUACCACUUUACCGAUGCUCCCAGUUUCAUCAGUGGUGAUUCUAUUGCAUUUCUAGAUCCUCAGGAAAAAUACUUACCAAGGAAAAAUGACCUUCCUCAACGUGGCAUGAUUGGCCCUUUUCCCAAAAACGGCAUUCGUAGAUUUCGUGAAAGAGAUCAAUUGUCUCCUUUCGAAGACAUCGAGGGCAUCGGUUUUCAAUCAACAUUUGAAGGAGUACUCUUCCGAAUACCACUUAGGCAAAAACCAAGUGAAAUAUCCGAUAGAAUCUUUCCUAUCGACGAUGUCCUUAAAUUAUUUAAAAGCAUCAAAUCAAAUAUUACCUCCCAUUUUUUAUUUCUUCGGAAUAUCGAGGAAAUUGAAGUAUCGCAUAUACCAGAAGCUGCAUCUCCAUUCCAAGCACAUUCUCUCUGGAAAGCAACUGUAAAAAAUUUAGAUAAAGAUGUACGAAAAAAAAGAAAAGAUAUUGUCGAUGGUGAAAUUCAAGUUUUCCAGAUGAAAAUCGAGCUGAUUGAUGAAGAAAAAAACGAACAAAAUGACCAGUGGAUUAUUGCAACUGGUGCUCAACAAGACCCCGAAGAUUCUGAACUGAGAGAAUACGCAAGGCGACAUAGAUUACGUAUAUUAGGAGGUGUUGCUAGUUUACUUAAAAGCCAAAAAAAUGAAGAUGAAGUAAACAAAGUGAUGGUGAACGAAUAUCAGCGUGACUUUAUGGGAAGAAUGGUAUUUAAAGGUCAAAAUGAAUGGGAAGAAAUCGAAAAUCAGAAUGACUUUAAAGGAAGAAUGUUUUCUUUUCUUCCGUUACCCGAUGAUACAUGUUUGCCUGUUCACCUUAACGGAACCUGGGCUCAAAGUUCAGAUCGUGCAAGAUUGUUGCUUGAAAAAGAUAACCUAGCAGAUUUAGAUCAUCAGAAGCUCGGUUGGAAUAGACACAUUUUGCUUGAGUUCCUUCCAAAGGUUUAUUGCAAGCUCUUGGAAGAAAUUCUUAAAUUGCAUAAUAAUAAUGAAAUUGAUCUUGAAAACAGAUGCAUUUCUAAUUUUUGGCCAUUUCCACCCGUUACACAAAAUUAUCCAAAAUACAUAAUAAGUUUUGGUUGCAAAGUACUUCAACAUAUACUACAAUCCGAAAACAUUUUCCAACUAAUCACUUCUGACUAUUAUUAUUUGCAUAAUGGCGAUGUCACUUUUACUAACGAGAAUGUUAAAGUGGACAAUCUCUUCAGGUGCUUGUCAUAUAGUAACAUUACAGCUUUCCGUGAAUUACUACGAAAGAAUUGGAAAGAAAUAGGAGUAAAAAAGGAUCACAAACUCAAAUCAAUAAUUCGCUCAUUACCUAUUUGGCCGAUGCGAUGGAAUCCCUCAAUGCCAAGACACAAUUUUAGUUUAGUUCCAGUUUCAAAUGGGUACCUUUUGCCGAAAAACUUUAACAUGUAUCGAACAAAGAGCACCAAAACUUUUUUAAGUGUUUCCGAUGAUUUAGAUGCUAAAAUUUUGGACGAUCUUGAUGUUCCUAUGCGAAGCAUUGAUUCAUAUGCAUCUGAAGAUAUUGAACACCCUGAAGAAUCUGAUCACAACUAUGAGGAAUUUAUGGAUAGUUUACUUUCGUAUGGAAAUUAUCUUACUAAGGAUUUAAUGGAAAAGAAUCGUUUUCCCAACGCAUUCACAAAUGAACUAAAACGUAUUGCUGACCUAUAUGAUUAUGAUAACAUUGUUUUUCGAACUGUGUUUGGUGGUGAUUCAAACAAUUUUCUUCAUUUAAGCCUUGCAAAACACGCAACAAAGUUAUCACAUAUUGGAUUCAACAAUGAAAUCAAUCAGGAAUCAUUCACCAAGUGUGCUGUGAAAGUUGAAGAAUUGCAAGAAAUGGUUAACCCACCAUCUGAUAUACGCUAUCGUGGAUUUAUUUUGGUUGAUCAUUUUUAUAAAAAUAUCGGCAGUUUUGAAUUUAACGGAAUUGAUAGGAUUCCGUUUGUUCCAAUUGUUAAAUGUUUAGAGAAACAUUACAAUAAAUAUUAUAAUUAUACCCAGGUUUUAGAUUGCUUUAAAAAUGUAAUACUUCCUGAAUAUAAAGAAGUUGCAUGGAGUCAAAAGCCUUUAAUUGCAGAAGAUGUGAUACCACCUUGUCAAGUACUUCAAAGAUAUCCAUCAUUCGGUAAACCAAAUGUUGCUACUGUAAUCAAACACCUCCGUUUUUUACGUAAAACACUUAUAGAAGAUAGCGAAUGGAUGAAUUGGAAAGAAACAUUCGUUUUUAAUGUUUUUAAAGUCUAUGAAUGGCUUGAUGAAAAAUGCUUAAAUGAAGGUCUCAGUGUAAAGGAAUACAUCAAUUCAAACGAAUUACUAUUCCUUAAUUUUAAUAAAAAUCAAGAUCCAUUUGACACUGAAAACUGGGUUUCUGCAACAAGUUUGGUUUUGAAUACUGAACCAAAUGAGAGAAAGUAUGUAAAUCCUCGUCUUGCUAAACAUCACACAAUGUUAAAAAGUGCUGGCGUUCGAGAAAUAAAAUCACCAAGUUUCAAAAUACAGGUUAGAGAAUAUGACCAGUCAAAGAUCAACAAAGCCAUGUUAGGAUUUUUAUCAAGAAAGGAUAAUCUUUUGCAUGAUGUUGUUUUUAUUGUAAAUGGUGAAGAAAUAUGGGCAAGUCAAUAUAUGCUUGCUGCAAGCUCUAAUUUUUUUUACCAGAAAUUUAAUUCAUUAGAAUAUGUAGGCUCAAGUACGGUUAAUCCAGCCACAAUCACGAUUGAUAAUGUUAGUCCUAGCUCGGUUCACGUUUUAUUGCGUUACUUAUAUGGCCAGAAUGUCGAUGUUGCAAUUUGGAAUAAUCAAAGUUUAAAAGGAAAUAAAAUAUCAAAUUCGGAAAAUUUGGAAUUACAUAAGAACAUACUUGAGUUAGCAAACGAUUAUGAACUAGAUCAUUUAAAAGAUCUUAUGGAAUUAAAGCUCUCUCAUUUGGUUAACAGAUCAAAUGUGUUAGAAAUGGAAGAUUUGGCAAGGGAUUUAAAUGCAAACCAACUCGAAAAGUAUUGUUGUUGUUAUAUUCAUGAAAAUGAAAACUUAUAA